CACUGUAGUGCAAAUGCUCCCUCUGCUGGUCAUAUCUACAUUUUGUAAUGCUUGUUAUUUACCUCGCUGACCCUCUUCAUAGGCUCACUUUAUCUCCGCCAAACCCAACCCACGAAGCACAGCAGCUGAGCUGGUGUUUAACAGAAAACACCGACUGAGUUCCUGCUUCCUCCAGCUGACGGUCCAGGCUCCAGUAGCCUAAAGCCAAUGAUUGUGCGCCAGCUCUCCUUUAGAGGCAACUCUCACCUGCGUGCCCACCUGAAAGACAUGGCCAGACCCAGUUCAGACCUGGCAGCACUCAGGGAGAUUUUCUCCGAGGCCAAGAACAUAGCCAUCAUCACCGGAGCAGGGGUGAGUGCAGAGAGUGGAGUCCCCACCUUCAGAGGAGCAGGAGGCUACUGGAGAAAAUGGCAAGCACAGAAACUUGCCACCCCAGAGGCCUUCUCCAGGAAUCCCUCGCGUGUUUGGGAGUUUUACCAUUACCGCCGCGAGGUCAUGCUCACAAAAAAUCCCAACCCGGCCCACCUGGCCAUCGUGGAGUGUGAGGAGCGACUGAGCAAACAGGGACGUACGGUUACAGUCAUCACUCAAAACAUCGACGAGCUCCACCGCCGCGCCGGAUCCAAAAACCUCCUGGAACUCCACGGAAGUCUGUUUAAAACCCGCUGUAUGAGCUGUGGUCAUGAAGCGGCCAAUUACAAGAGCCCCAUCUGUGCCGCUCUGGAGGGCAAAGGAGCUCCGGACCCAGACACAAAUGAUGCGCAGAUCCCAGUUCAGCAGCUGCCCAGGUGUGAGCACGAAGGCUGUCACGGUCUCCUGAGACCAGCUGUGGUUUGGUUUGGAGAGACUCUGGACUCCGACAUCCUCACACGCGCAGAGAAAGUGUUGGACAGCUGUGACCUCUGUCUGGUGGUUGGCACUUCAUCCAUCGUGUAUCCAGCAGCCAUGUUUGCCCCUCAGGUGGCAGCCAGAGGUGUCCCAGUGGCCGAAUUCAACAUGGAAAACACACCGGCCACCAUGCGCUUCAAGUUCCACUUCCACGGCCCCUGCGGGUCCACGUUACCCCCCGCGCUGGAACGCCACGAGACCGAACAAACAUGAGUCCUGGACAUCAGCUGCACACAGACCAGACUGUCUAACACUGGAGGAUACCAAACAUAAUGGGUUGAAUGUAAUGAACAGUGUGGUGAUGGGGUUCAUGAGAAGUAAGGACAAAAGAGAAAUCGCUUGUUCAAGCUAACACGGAUAAAACAUACAAUGACAUGUUACUAGACUAAAUUAUAAAUAGCUACGCACAAAUUUAUUUUAAGUUGAUGCAUUUUGUAUUUGUGGCUUCUGUCUUUAAUUAAGAGAUGGUGACAGAUUUGAAUGAUUUCAUUUCUUUGAAGGAUUUUCUUUUCUUUUUAACAAAAAGCACCGAAUUGAAGAGUUAUAAUAGUGAAACUUGUCCAUGAGCCAUUGCAGAAUGAUUAACUGUGCUCUGUAUAAAAGGUAGUGAGACGAGUGAAUCGCAUAUGGACUUUGGAUUAAAUAUUAUGUAUGCACGUUGAGAGCAACGUGUAAACCAGAGUCAAAUUCCCUGUAUGCGUACGCAUACAUGGCUGAUUCUGAUUCUGAUACGAUCACAUAUAGGCUGACUUUAUCACUCCCUUUGCAUUGAGUGAAUGCUGAUUGUCAGGCGGUAGGGGGCAGUGUUUAGCUACUGCUGCGUAAGCUAAUGCACCUCCAGAUGGGAGAGAAAAAUAGACUCCUUCCAAAGGAUCUGUGGGCUCUGCCUGGGAUUUGGGCUGUGUGUGUGUGUGUUUAUGUGUUUCAAUUCAAUGUUGUGUGAAUUUAUGAACUGUCAUGAAUACUGUGUUUGAUGCCUUCCAGUGGGCAUGAGUAAGCUUCAGUUAAACCAGGGAAACCAGUGACACUGCAUUCCCGCAUGCCAUCAGGGGGAGAUGAGGGAUUUGUUUCAUGUAUAUUAAGGCAAGGCAAGUUUAUUUGUAUAGCACAUUUCAACAAGAAGGUAAUUCAAAGU